AUGUCUAUUGAGUUGGGACUUUCUCGUAUAACCAGGUUACUAGAGCACUUGGGCAACCCGCAAAACUCAUUGAGGGUGCUGCAUGUUGCAGGAACAAAUGGUAAAGGUUCAGUUUGCAGUUACCUAUCCUCUGUUUUGCAACAAACCCCGUAUCAAAUUGGGAGAUUCACCACUCCACACUUGGUCCAUGUUACUGACUCCAUUACAAUCAACAAUAAGCCGAUCUCACUAGAUAAAUAUCAAGACAUUAGAUUGCAACUGGAAGCUUUGAACAAAUCACAUUCCUUGAAAUGUACGGAAUUUGAAUUACUAACAUGCACCGCAUUCAAAUACUUCUGCGAUUUGCAGUGCCAAUGGUGUGUCAUUGAAGUAGGUCUCGGUGGAAGACUUGACGCUACUAAUGCUAUUCCGGGCUCAAACAAGGCGUGCUGCGGUAUUACUAAGAUCGGUUUAGACCAUGAGAGUUUUCUAGGAAAUACCUUAGCUGAAAUCUCCAAAGAGAAAGCGGGUAUAAUUACCAAAGGGGUGCCUUUCACAGUAAUUGACGGAACCAACGAUCCAGGUGUCGUAAAAGUCGUCAAAGAUACAUGUAAGGCUUUGGGGUCCAAACUUUUCAUCACUGAUUCCCAUCUUAAUGGCAAUAUCAUUGAUACGAAGGCAUGGGGAUGUUUCAACUUGGCAAAACUACCCCUGAAUGGGGAGUAUCAGAUAUUCAACCUCAGAGUGGCUAUGGGUAUGCUAGAAUACUUACAGUUGAACGGGCUUAUCAAUGUUACCAAAGAUGAAGUGAGUGCGAGAUUAGCGAAGGUGGACUGGCCGGGAAGGCUAUAUCGUAUGGACUACUGUUAUGAUCGUUUGAGUAGGAAAACGUUACCCAUACUGAUGGAUGGUGCUCAUAAUGGUUCGGCUUCAAUAGAGCUGGCAAAAUAUCUGAGAAAAGAAUAUGGAGACCAACCAUUGACCUUUGUGAUGGCCGUAACUUCUGGAAAAUGCCUGAAGCCACUGCUUCAGCCUUUAUUGAGGCCAGUAGAUCGAAUAAUUCUUACUCAAUUUAAUAGCGUGGAAGGUAUGCCCUGGAUUCAUGCCACUGAUCCUGAAGAGAUGAAAGAUUUCAUCUUAAGUCAAGAUUAUACACGUGAUGUAGCGAUUGAGAACAAUUUACGCCGGAUAUUACCUUCCCUAGCAAACGCAUCAGAGGGGCAAAGACGACCAAUCGUUGUGUGCGGCUCGUUGUAUUUAUGUGGAGAAUUGCUAGGGAUUCAUAACAGUCAUUUAAAAGAGUAA